CCAAAGAGUAGCCUGCUUUGUGCCAAACCCACUAUCUAACUAACUCUACAAUAUCACCAUCAUGAUGAAUCCGGGCGCAGUCCCAACCCAGCAGGCCCCGAACAACCCUGCCUCUACGCCUCACCCCGGCACCAGCUCCUCCUCGUCGAAGAAGAUAUACGUGGACGAGCCGCCCUUGGGGACUUUGAUCUACAUUCACGCCUCUACCCGGGCGUGCAACACCGGCCGCACCGAUGUCGACUACCACGGUAUGUACGGCGUGGUCGUUCGCGAGGGCGAGCUGCUGCUCGACAGGGUAACCGGGAAAGAGGACAUAUCCAAGAAAAAAACUGUGUUAGUGUAACUUUCGUUGGCUGACAGCGUGACAAAUUUGCUCUACAUGACAUAGAAAACCUGUCAUGCGUGAUUUGUAAGGGAAAACACACACGAAGAGAGGACUGCGUAGCUGUCUGGUAUGACAGGUGUAUACUCUGUUGCAUGUUCUGCAUCACAGAUUUACACUUACACAGUUUUUUUCUUGCAUAGGACAACGAGAAGUACUUCCUGAUCCGCCUGCUUUUCCUGGAUGACGAGGAGGACAGUGACGUCAGCUACUUUUCCAAUUGUGGUCUUCUUCCUUGUGGACAAGACUCGAGGGCGGCCAGUAAAACGACAAAUAGCGAAACAACUACGACGAGCACGAGUAGUUCUUCUGCAAGAAGUGCGCAAGAGGAGGAAACAAGAAGCGACGCAGGAACUGCAGCAGCUCCAGCAAUACCUGCCGCAAAAGAAGAACUACACACCACCAUCGACCCUCUCACCUCGCCGUGCUUUGUCCGCCUGAAGCGCUCUACCUUUGCGAUUUACCCGCUCUACGUUCUCAUUUCCGCAAGAAUAUCGGUUCACGAGGACGUGCGCCGGCUGAAGCGGUGCGUGCAGAGCGUUCUGGAAAACAGCUGCGACUUAGACGAGUAUCUGCAAUUGGUGUCUACUACCGCUGCUGCUGCACCGGAAGAAGUUACUAAUGUGAAUACCAGCAAGGGUUUUCGAGCAGCGGGCGCUUCAUCAACAACAGUUCUCGCUCGAUCCGCGCCCAGUCCCUGGAACUUGAUCCGUCCGUGGGUGCGCAUUAGCUUUAACCUGGCCGACGGCAGCGACGCAGUGUUUCGCGAUACCGUCUCGGACUCGGAGCAGACGGAGGACGAAGAAUUUGGGAACGACGUGAAGGACUUGAUUGAGCAGGAGUUUGACUGCUUCACGUUCGGAAACACGACCAAAGGUGGAGCGCCAAAAACUAACACAUCCUACAAGUACAACGACCAGCUGCAGGUGGUUAACUACCAAAAGGGUGUGCUCGCGGAGCACUUCCGGAUCUUCUUCGGCCAAGCCUGCAACUGCGGCAGUGUCCCGGUCUAUCCAAGAAAAAAAAAGUGUUAGUGUAAAUAUUUUGGGAAAACAGCAUCACAAGUUUGUCUGCAAUGCCAGGAAAAACUUGUUAUGCGCAGAUAGGAAGGGAAAACACAUAGACAGCGAGCCGAUCAUGCAUGUCGAGCAUGACAAGUGUAAGUGUUUUGCAUUUUCUGCAUCACAGAUUUACACUUACACAGUUUUUUUCUUGCAUACGGUCGCGAAGCCCUGUCCGCAGAAAUUCCCCACGUUCACGACAAUACCCCUUGACGCGAAGAGGUACGGCUUCGAUUUGCAGCACGCGUGGGUGACCUUCCAAGAGCCGGAGGACGUGAGCGGGCCGAGCAGGUUCGUGGAUUUCGUGAAGACGUAUCUGUUAUCAACUGCAAAUGUGUCUGGGUCUGGACGAAGAACGCAACUUGUGAUGCUGGUGCUGCAUUUGGAUGUCAAAAAAAUCUGUAUUGCAUCAGCAGCAAAAGGAAUCUAACUUUUGCUACCCGGAGAGGGCAUUUUUCAUGCGGAAUUGGCAUCAAGAAGCCCUCAAAAAAUCUGUGAUGCUAGGGCAUGCAUCACAGACAUCAUGGGUCAUGCAAAACGUGCACGACAAGUCUGAGAAUCUUCCAGACCCAGACAUAUUUGCACUUGAUAUCUGUCGGCAUUGCAGAGGCGGGAGAAAUUCUACCUGUUUGCGCUGAAGCAGUACUGGACGGACGAAUCAGAUGUGUUGUUGCAGCCGGCAGCCCAACACCCACCAGGGGGAAAUAACACUACAACCCCCGGGAUGUUGAGCAGUAGCAAUGGAAACGUCAGAAAAAAUCCAAUGAUGAACUCGUCACUGAUUGUCAAACACCCUCGAACGGUGGUAGAAGUGCAGGAGAGACUAGCCCACAGCAGACCGAAGGCGUUGCUUUUGAAAGGGUUUUUGAAGGACCACGACGGUGCGACGAGGGUGAAAACGCGCGAACACGAAACGGCCGGGGGUGGUAAUCCAUUCAGUACAACCACCACGCCUACGACCAGUGGUUGUGGUGCAGUGCCGCCGCAGCGAUCGCAGAGACAGCCUGUAGCCGAAGUGCAGCCAUUGUGCAAGCAGCAGAUCACGUAUCGGAACUUCCACGACAGCAACGACCUGGUCCCGAUUUUCGCUCUGUUCGCCCGUGCGAAUUUGGUGCAGGAAUUUUUCGCGAAAGCCGGCAAGUACACACUACGGUCCGACUACAGCUAUUCGGCCAUUUCCUCGUUUCUCGUGAAGUAUUUCGAUUUCCAGCAUUCCCUAGUCGCCGCUGGGGAAAUGGUUCCGUUGUUUGACUCCUUCGGACAGAGUAUCGCGAUGAACAUUGAAAAGAUGAACGGGCCGCCCAUUGUGCCGCCGGGGAUCGGCUGGGUCGAGAGCUUUGGUGGGGGUUCUUGCGGACCCUGGUUAUCGACCGCGAGAGCUCCUGCCCAGGACUUGUCGUCGUGUUCUACGAAGACAAAGCAGAGAAGUCAACUUCUCACGCCGUCGAGCAGCAACACGAAUUUCCACUACUUCAAGUCCGUACCGUUGUGCCAGGGGUGUAACAAGCAGAAGAUCUGCCACCCGAACCUGGUCCGUUCUUCCGUGCAGAUCCGGGACAUGAGCCACUUGAAAGCGAACUUCAUCGACAAAAGGGUGAUCCUUCCCCAGUUUAUAUCCUAUGUAAAAACGUUCCCGCCCCAUAGUCAGGAUGGGAAGUCCACGAGUUUUGGCUGUUUUGCAUGACAAAUUUGGACUCGUAGUGUAGUGCUGUUUGAGGUAGUUCAGCAGCGUAAAAGAUCUAGUGCAUCAUGCUGAUUGGAGCGCCACAAAUUCCAAAACGCGACUAGAAAAUGUGUCUCAUGGGGCUUCGCAUAAGAAACGUUCCCAGCAUGUAGAUCUUCACUACAACUAUGGGGGGGGGACAUUUUUGAAUACGAUUGUUUAACACCUUUUUCAAGCAGGAACCCUUGCAGCAUCAGGCGCUGCUCGACCGAUAUUUGAUUCUCGGGAAGAAGCAACAGGUGGCAGAACCCGUGCCCUUGGUGGAAGAGGCGCAGAAGAUUUUGAGCAAAGUGAACCUCGAAGCGAGGCACUUCUUCCCCAAUGCGGACGUGAUCAAGGUGAGAAGGGAACUGGAAGCAAUCCUGGUCCAGCAUGUGCAUUUGCUUUCCGCCGGACAGCUGACAAAAGUGCAGGUGAUGCUGCAGGGAGGUGUUGGCGGUGCUGUCCCGGGCGGAGUAGCGGCUGGGGGGAGCAAUGGAGUGGCUAUCGGGGGCGCUGUGGAUCAAAGUGGCACAAUAAAGCCAGAAGAAGUUGUGGCGGGCGUCAACGUUGUCGAGAUUAAUGGGGCAGCGCCUGGCCCUUCCCCGGGUGUCGUGCGGAUUGUACCUCAGCAAAACGGCGGAGGAGCUUCCGUCGGCGCUGGGGUCGCGUCUGCUGCAGUUCCUGCAGCCGUCAACGGAGCGUCAACAGCAGCGGGGCCACAAGUUAGCGCAAGUGACAGUGGUGGCGCAACUACCUCUGCUGGUGCUUCCUCUACUUCAUCCACCAUUCAAUCCGCAGUCCGCAUGCCGAAGCUCGACCCGGAGCUGUUUUGCUCCGUCCUCCUGCAGUCAAACCCGGGUCGGUUCGAGUUUGCGAGGCCGAAGGAGGGCAGACAGAGCGAAUUCUUCUGGUACCAGUUUCGCUGGCGGUUGUGGUUAAAGUUUUUUCUGCCUGCGAUCUCGUACCUGCUGUGUGAUCAAAUGAACAUUCCGACCUUCAUGGCCCUGGACACUUUUCGAAGAAAAUUUCAGGCAGAGUCGAAGAAGCGCUGCUUCAAGUGCAGAAGCUUUGCACUCGUGAAAUUAGAACAAAUCUUCAAUACGAAGUUGAACCAAUGCGAGAAGGCUUCGUGAACAAGAGCUGUGUUAGCUCUGAUGUUUCUUUGAAGUUUUAUGGAAAUUCAUAUUCAAAAUUUUGUAAAAGAAGCAACUGCAAGUGCAAAUGAAGCACCGCCAUGAGCGCAGCGCAGAACUUGAGUGAUGAUCUUUAUUUUGCGCCCGCUGAAGUAUCGCGAGCGUUGUUCUUCGCGAUUUUCUC